AUGGAAGUUCCAGAUCGCAUCGAGGUAGUCAAGAAACUGAAUCUUUGCUACAAUUGUCUCCGAGGUAGCCACGCCGUACAUAAGUGCACCACGACUUCAUCCUGUAAGCAGUGUGGGCGCAGACAUCAUUCCCUCAUCCACAGAGCCAAACCGACUGGUCAAAACGCCCCCACAACCGGCAACAAUCCGUCACUCACACAUCAUGCUCAAACAUUCAACACAAUUGGCCAGACUCUCCUUGCAACUGCAAUUGUUCACGUUCGAGAUGUUGAAGGAGUUCAGCAACAAGUACGUGUCCUUCUGGAUGGCGGCUCUGAUACGCAUAUCAUUAGCCGAAAAUGCAUCAGACGCCUGGGGAUACGCUACAACAAAAAGCAAGCAUUGGUUACCGGGCUAUCUGAGGUACCGGUAGGCACAACCCAAGGCAUCGUGGACUUGGAAUUCAGCCCUCACUUCAACUCAUCGCUCAUCAUUGGAGCAAAGGAUACGUGUGUCAUGCACACGGUCACAACUCAUCUUCCUCUUCAUCCAUGCAACGCAAAUCUAAGUCAUCUCAACUCGCUCGAAUUAGCAGAUGAGACCUGGCACAAUCCUGGAGAGAUCGACAUGCUGCUAGGAGCAUCUCUCUUCUAUGGCCUGAUCCGUGGUGACAAAAUCACUGGAGCAACAGGAGAACCCUUCGCCCUCAAUUCCGACCUAGGAUGGCUGGUGGUGGGUGAGGUAGAGAGCACAAAAAACAAUAAUCAUGCAUUUCAUGUUCAACUAAGUAAAAAUGAUGAAGCACCAACAAGAGUAGAGGUAUCAAAUGCUGAUUUGGACCAUCGUCUUACCACUUUUUGGGAACUUGAGACGUUACCAGAAGCCGUACCACUUACAGAAGAAGAGCAUACUUGUGUGGAGCACUUCCGCUCAACUCAUUCGCAGAGAGAUGAUGGGAAAUUCGUUGUUCAUCUUCCUUUUAAGUCCUAUCCACCCAACCUCGGCGAAUCACGCGACAUGGCAAUCCAACGACUGAAACAAUUAGAGCGACGCCUUGCCCGACAACCAGAAGUCAGUCAAGAGUACCACGCUUUUAUGAAGGAGUACCAGGAACUUGGUCACAUGGAAGAAGUUCCUCAAAAUGAAGUAAUGUCCAGCAACAAUUACUACAUCCCUCACCAUUACGUAUUGAAGGAGGAAAGUACAACUACCAAACUUCGGGUUGUAUUCGACGCCUCUGCUCGCACCACGAACGGCAAGUCUCUCAACGAUUGCUUAUUGGUUGGUCCCACUAUCCAAGAACCGCUGUUCAACAUUCUGCUACGAUUUCGCACACAUCCUGUCGCCUUCACUGCAGACAUUGCAAAGAUGUAUCGCCAGAUUUUAAUAAGAAAAUUGGACACCGACUACCAGCGCAUCGUGUGGAGAGAAAGCCCUGAACAUCCCAUCAAGGACUAUCGCCUACUUACCGUUACUUACGGCACCGGUCCUGCCCCCUACUUAGCCACUGCUGUCGUCGACCAACACGCCCAGAACAAUGCUGACGAAUUUCCUCUUGCAGCCGUAGUAGCCCGACGUGACUUAUACAUGGACGAUUGUAUGAGCGGAGCCGAAACAGUAAAAGAAGCAUUACUUCUUCAACAACAAAUCCUCGACCUCAUGAAAUGUGGAGGAUUCGAACUACGUAAAUGGUCAUCCACCCACCCCGAAGUCACUGACGCUUUACCAGAAUCGCUACGUGAAACAAAGUCAGUAUUGUCCGUGGAACUUGGUCACACCAUCAAAGCACUGGGGAUAUACUGGCACCCGUCGACUGAUCAAUUCUUCUUCAAGAUUGAUAACCUCACGAGCACAGAGAAGAAAGUUCUUACAAAACGCUGCAUACUCUCAGACAUCGCCAAGAUUUUCGACCCUAUCGGCUGGUUGGCUCCCGUUGUCGUCACAGCUAAAAUCAUGAUGCAACAGUUAUGGAAAUUGGAGCUAGGAUGGGAUGAUCCAGUACCAGAAGAGAUUGAACGGAGUUGGAUCCACUACAAGUCGCAACUAAAACAAAUUGAAUCAAUUCGAAUUCCACGCUGUAUCAAACCUUCACCAACUUCCGACUGCCAGCUCGCCCUUCUAGGAUUUUCAGACGCAUCCGAAAAGGCCUACUCUGCGGUGGUGUCUCAUCCGAACUUUUGGCACAACCCGACUCAACUUUGA